AUGAAGUUUCCACGAUGGGACGGCCCACAGAGAUCUGGAAAGGUUUGGUCUCCAACUGGAAUAGAAGAACCCAAGACAAGUCCAUACACCGGAAUACUGGAGUCGGAGUCACAGACCUUUCGACCAAUCAGCAGUGGCUAUAGCCCGACUCCGAAGAGUCCAUCUCCCAAGAGUCCCCUCACAGGCGGUGUGUCCUACAAUAACGGCAACUCAAGACCGACGUACAACAACCCAGCCGGACUGUAUGCGCACAACAACGGCAAUGGUGCCCUGCCAAAGCAGAUGGCAGGCCUCAGCCUGGGCUCUCCUCACAGUUUCAGCCCCGAACCACCGAUGAAUUCAUCAGGCAACCGCAAUGGUUUCGACCCGCAGUCGGACGUCUACAGGAUGCUUCAGGACCCCGAGGAACCUGUGUCCGCUCCCAAACAGUCCGGCUCCUUUAAAUACCUGCAGGGAAUCCUGGAAGCUGAGGACGGGGGGGUGUCACCGGUGGACAGGCCUGGGGUUCGAGGCUUGCGCUCCCCGGUUAAGUCCCCGGUGCCGAAGCUGGGCAGCCCCAUCACGGCCCCUCUGGCGCCCAUGGCCGGCCUACAGAAGCUGCCUCAGUGCACACGCUGCGGGAACGGCAUUGUGGGAACGAUUGUGAAGGCCAGAGACAAGCUGUAUCACCCCGACUGCUUCAUGUGUGACGACUGUGGGCUGAAUCUCAAGCAGAGAGGAUAUUUCUUCAUCGACGAGAGUCUGUACUGUGAGACUCACGCCAAGGCUCGUGUCCAGCCUCCCGAGGGCUAUGACGUGGUGGCCGUCUAUCCCAACUCCAAAGUGGAGCUGGUCUAAACACACACACACACACACAGGUUUCGUCGAGGAUUCAGCUUGACAAAGUGGAAAUGAGAAUAACAAACUCCUGAAGCUCUUCUUUCAGUUCCCGCUCGACUUUAUCACAGACUCGCCUUCUGUAGUUCGCUAACCUCGUACUGAGAUCCACUUCUCCCCGCAACCUGACAGAGCAACUCUGCUAUUGCUUUAAGAAGAAAGUUUGACGUGUAAGAUAACCGAAUGUUCACCUAGAUUCCAGCGGUUCACUUCCCUGAAC